GGCGCCCUUUAAAAGAUCUCUCCCCCUCCCGGUCCAUCAGCCUUGAGCCCAUCGGAAGAAGGCAGAGGGGACGGGAAAGGUUCCUCCCGCUCCAUUUCCCCUUCUCCGGCGGGCGUGUACAGAGGGGGGCAUUGACUUCGCAGGGCUGUGCUUAUUACAGGCGAGAAGAAAGGGGACGAGGGGGCUGUGCAGCGGGGCAGGACUCACAAGCGGACGCUGGAGGGGGCUCUUCACCGCCUCGGCUUCCCUCUCCGCCUCCCCCUGAGGCGGGGGCCGGGUUGGUAGUGGGAGGGGAAGGAGAAGGCGACGACAACGACAACAGCAGCAGCAGCCGCGCUCGAUUCCUGCUUCUUGGGUCGGCGGGGCUUUCGGCCCCUGACCCUUUUGCUGACGCGCCCCUUUCCUUUCCCUUUUCGCGCGCGCGAAGGCGAGCGAGCUCUAGCUAUGGCGACCUUGUUCCCUUCGCUUCCUCGCUGCUCCCUCUACCGCCCCUCUCCUCCCCCCACUGCCUUCGCCUCUUCCUCCUCCUCCUCCUCCUCCGCCGUUGUCUCCUGGAACCUUUAAUGGCUUCGACCAUCCGGCGGCCCCAACUCGACUUGUCCUGCGCCACCGGCGGCCACCACAGCGAGCGAGAGCCUGAGAGGAGCGCCGCGCACGGUCAGAGGACAUCCCCUUCACCUCAAUUAGGAGCAGGUUACCUAUGUCUCUUGGCAGAGCUCUCCUGUCCCAGAAAUAGAAACUUGUUUCUCCAAACAUGGAUGAAGUGGAGCAGAGGCCAACAGCAGGAUCCCGGCUAGGAGUUCAGGAGAAUGCUGGGAUCAGUACUUUGGAACAUGGACAAAAAAUGCCCACAACACCAACAGGAAAACUUAUUUCUAUCAAAAUCCAGAUGCUGGAUGAUACCCAGGAAACAUUUGAAGUUCUGCAAAGAGCUCCAGGGAAGGCCUUGCUGGAUGCAGUCUGCAAUCACCUGAACCUUGUUGAAGGUGACUAUUUUGGCCUUGAGUUUCUGGAUCAUAAAAAAAUCAUGGUAUGGCUGGAUCUUUUGAAACCUAUCGUGAAACAGAUCAGAGGACCUACGCACGUAAUUCUAAAUUUUGUGGUGAAAUUCUUCCCGCCUGAUCAUGCUCAGCUGCAAGAAGAGUUAACAAGGUACUUAUUUGCACUGCAAGUGAAGCAGGAUUUAGCACAAGGUAGACUAACCUGUAACGACACCAGUGCUGCUCUCUUAAUCUCACACAUUGUACAGUCUGAGAUAGGGGAUUUUGAUGAAACCAUUGAUCGUGAACACUUAUCAAAGAACAAGUAUAUACCUCAGCAAGAAGCAUUAGAAGACAAAAUAAUGGAAUUUCAUCGGAAUCAUAUUGGACAAACACCAGCAGAAUCAGAUUACCAGCUGCUUGAGAUUGCCCGUCGUUUGGAAAUGUAUGGAAUCCGAUUGCAUCCAGCCAAGGACAGAGAAGGAACUAAGAUCAACUUGGCAGUUGCCCAUACAGGCAUUCUGGUGUUUCAGGGUCACACCAAAAUCAAUGCCUUCAACUGGGCUAAAGUUCGAAAACUGAGCUUUAAGAGGAAGCGUUUUCUUAUUAAAUUGCGUCCAGAUGUAAACAGUUCCUUCCAAGACACACUAGAAUUCCUGAUGGCCAGUCGGGAUUUUUGCAAGGCCUUUUGGAAGAUCUGUGUAGAACACCAUGCCUUCUUCAGACUUUUUGAGGAACCUAAACCAAAGCCUAAACCUGUUAUUUUUACUAGAGGGUCAUCCUUUAGGUUCAGUGGCCGAACUCAGAAGCAGGUUCUUGACUUUGUCAAAGAAGGAGGACACAAAAAAGUACAGUUUGAAAGGAAACACAGCAAGAUUCACUCCAUUAGGAGUUUGACAGCAAAGCCUUCAGGACAGCAUUCAGAGGUGCCAAAACAAAGCUGUAGUUUUACAUAUGGAGAUGGUGCUGAUUCCUCAGUGGUGCAAAAAUGCCGGCAGGGGAAGGAAUUAAGAGUUUCAGUGGAAGAUGGUGGACAGCACACAAGUCCUUCCCUGAAAAAGAGCCCUAAAGAAGGCAGGAGGCUGGAUGGUGCUAUGAUGGAAGUAAUGGAGGAAGAAGAGGAGGUCGUAAAGGACAGAUCACAUCACAGUAGAUCCCAGGCGCAGCAACCAAGCACAGCAGGCUCUCUUGCUGGCAGCCCUCACCUUUCAGAACUGUCAAUCAAUUCCCAAGGUGGACCAGCUAUGGCAAAUGCAACAUUAUCUCCUAAUUUGAGUCCCGAUAACAGGCAGGCUUCUCCAUUAGUCAGCCCUCUGAUGAAUGACCAAACUGGUGCCCGCACAGAUGAUGAAGAGGAGAUCAGAAGGAAGAGGUUUCCAACUGACAAAGCAUACUUCAUUGCUAAAGAAGUUUCCACCACAGAACGAACUUACCUGAAGGACCUCGAAGUCAUCACAUUGUGGUUCCAGAGCACAGUAAGUAAAGAUGACUGCAUGCCAGAAACACUGAAGAAUUUCAUCUUCUCCAGCUUUGAACCUUUGCACAAAUUUCACACCAACUUUCUAAAGGAAAUAGAGCAGCGCCUUGCCCUGUGGGAAGGCCGCUCUAAUGCCCACUUGAAAGGAGAUUACCAAAGAAUUGGGGAUGUUAUGCUGAAGAACAUCCAGAAUAUGAAGCAACUCACAAUUCAUUUGCGGAAGCACACUGAUGUUCUGGUUGAGCUGGAGAAUGAGAUCAAGAACUCUCGAAAGCUGGAAACCUUAUGCAGAGACUUUGAGAUGCAGAAAGUCUGUUAUCUCCCCCUCAACACCUUCCUUCUCAGGCCUCUGCACAGGCUUAUGCACUACAAGCAAAUAAUGGAAAGGCUCUGUAAACAUUAUCCACCUAAUAAUGUGGACUUCAGGGACUCCAGAGCUGCUCUUGCAGAGAUUUCAGAAGUGGUGGCUCAGCUUCACAGCAGCAUGCUAAAGAUGGAGAAUUUCCAGAAGCUGCAUGAAUUGAAAAAAGAUUUGAUAAGUAUUGACAAUCUGGUGAUUCCAGGAAGGGAGUUUAUUAGACUGGGUAGCCUUAGUAAGUUGUCUGGAAAAGGCUUACAGCAGCGGAUGUUCUUCCUGUUCAAUGAUGUCUUGCUGUACACAAGCAGAGGCCUAACAGCAUCAAAUCAAUUCAAAGUCCAUGGGCAGCUUCCACUAUAUGGUAUGAUGACAGAAGAAAGUGAAGAAGAAUGGGGGGUUCCUCACUGCUUUACACUGAGAGGUCAACACCAGUCCAUAGUUGUGGCUGCAAGCAGUCGCACUGAAAUGGGCAAGUGGAUUGAGGACAUACGGAUGGCAAUUGACUUGGCAGAAAAUUGUAAUGGCCCAACUCCUGAAUUCCUAGGGAGUAGCCCACCUGACACUAAAUCCCCUGAGGAAUCCACUGUAGACCAGGAAUCAGAAGACGAUCUCAAUGCAUCCCGUACCUCACUUGAACGUCAAGCUCCUCACCGUGGCAACACUACGGUGCACGUCUGCUGGCACAGAAAUACCAGCGUUUCCAUGAUCGACUUUAGUAUUGCUGUGGAGAACCAACUCUCUGGAAAUCUUUUGAGAAAGUUCAAAAACAGCAAUGGGUGGCAGAAGCUCUGGGUGGUAUUCACCAACUUCUGCAUGUUUUUCUACAAAUCCCACCAGGACAAUCAUCCUUUAGCUAGCCUUCCUCUGCUGGGUUAUUCUCUUACCAUUCCAUCUGAAUCUGAGAACAUUCAUAAAGAAUAUGUCUUUAAGCUACACUUCAAAUCCCAUGUGUACUAUUUCAGGGCGGAGAGUGAAUAUACAUUUGAAAGGUGGAUGGAGGUGAUCCGAAGUGCCACAAGCCCUGCCUCACGCAUUCGUGUUUUAAGUCAUGAAGAAUCACAUGUUUAUUGACAACUGAACUUCAGAAUGUUCAUUCCAGCAACUGCUGCUUUUCUAGAGGACAUUUGAAUUUAUUUUUUCCUUUUAAAGUUUAGUAAAACAUAAAUUUGGGUUUUUUAAAAACAAAAUUGUUUUGGAGCAGCUUUUUGUAAUAUUGCCUCAGCAGGAUUAUUUACUAUUAUCGGCCAAAUGACAGUUCCAUGUCUCGUAUUUGUCCUUUGGUGUGGUUUUUUAGCUUGUGCCAGUAUUAAAAUAUUGUCCUUGGAGUGCCAAAUGCCAAAAGACAUUUCCUUGCCUCAAAAGAUUUGCACCAGGAAUAAUACCAUUUUUGUAGUAACUUUGUAUUCAAUAUUUCCCUGUAAAGCAAAAUGCCUUUUCCUUUCAGACAAACCCUCAAAGUGAUUAAUUAGUAGACUGGUAAUUUUUUUAAAAAAUGUGUUACCUAUGUAUUGCAUAAACAGCCUUCAACAUAAGUGUACAUAAGGAGCCGUCUCAAUGCAAGGAGGUUACUUUUCAUACAUUAUUCAGUGUUUCUACACAUUUUACUUCUAAAAAUUAAGAUUACCAACCAAGGCUGUAGCUUGCUCGUUUUAUCUUACUGGUGGAAGCUAAAAGCAUUUGCUUCAAAUAUGGUCAGGAAGUUCUCAGUACUCUUCCUUGGUGCAAAUUAUGUUCCAGUACAUAAAACUCUUGCAAGGUGAACAGUUUAUACAAUUAUCCUGUGCAAUAUUUAGAAUAUUGAUUAAAGGUUGAAAAGGGGGAUGUGGAAGCUGGUCUAACAAUGUCAACAGCUGUCUAGUACAAGAAUUGUGGCACUAAUUUGUGGUUUAGUAAAGACAGGAACAGAUGUAAUUCAGCUGAGUUUUGGAAGAAUUGCUUUUUUCCCUUCAGACAUUGUUUCUGCACCUUUAUUUACAAGUGGUACUAUAAACCAAUUCCCAUUUUAUGUAUAUACAUUUGAAAGCAAUUAGACACAGCAUCUUUAAAACAUUUACAUUGCGGUGUUUGGAUCAAAUGUAGCCUGAGUAGAAAGCUCAACAUUUUGAAGAGAAUUUGAGACUACAGCAUUGUUUGCUGGUAGUUCCAAGAAAAUUAUUUUAAACCUGUCUAUAAUAUGAAACCAGGUUCAGUCACAUUUACCACAGUCAUUUAGGAAACACAGGAAAAGGUAUAGCCCGUAAACAACACAGAGAAUGAGACAGCUGUCAGUGCUGAAGUAAGCCCUGCUGGACUCAUUGGAACUUAUUCCUAGGCGAGAGUGCAUUCACACACGCACACACACAUGCGCACGCACAAACACGAGCGCAUGCAGGGAUUACCUCUUUCCUGUCAAGGGUCACAUUCCUUCAGCAGCAAUCUACCACACGCUGACUUUGGCCAGGGCUGAAGCCUGUGGAGGGUGGGGCCAGAGCCUCCUUGCUUUCUCUCACUGGUACACCACUUUCUUUCUCCCCACCCAGAGGGCUGCUUGAGGAGAGACAGAUUGCUUUUGUAGAGCCUGAACUGAAUGAGGAUACAGAUUGCCCACCCAAUAUAGAAGAUUGCAACCUUAGAUUCUUGACUUAUCUGCCACCAUCUGUCUUUGGUAGCUGGCUUGUUAAACAACUACUGCCCUCUUUUACAAUGUGUAAGAGUGGUUUAAAAUUUGUUUAUUGAAAAAGGGAAUAAAACAUAACAUCUUAAACCAUCCUGCAGUUUUAAGGUAGUAGCUUGUCACGUCUUCCUUCUUUAAAGAGUUUGCUUUUCUUAAAAAGGGAUUUUCUCUUUAAGAUUCCAGUAUGUCAAAGUACAUGAAUUGCCAAUGGUAUCUCUUUCUGAAAUAAUAAAACAACAAAGUUUAAUCUUGCUAUUUAUGACUUUUCAAUCUAUGUAUGCUAACUUAGUGUAACUUAAAUCGACUGAAUUCUGCAUGAACACAUCCCAUACUGCAAGAUAGUAUCAUAUUCUAUAUGAUUCAGUUCAGGUUAACAAGACAUCAUCUUUUAGGUGGAAGCUAUGUGUAUGUCAUUAAUCUCCUGGAGGACAUGCGUUCAGCAUGUUUUCAGUGAAUUAUCAGCUACCCCGACAGGGAAGAUGUUGCUCAUAGCAACCGAAUUCCCACUUCUGCUAUUAUUACUUAGCUCUGCUUUGUGCAGAUGUAUCCCCCUCCCCCAAUUUGUUCCAAAUAUCAGCUAGCAGUUCCUAAAUUGGUAACUAAGGCUGCAGUCCAAACCCCCUUUGGUUGGAGGCAGGGGUUGAAUUGGAUAGAGGUGACUGUCCACCCAACCCUACCCAUCUGAACGGGUAGGCAGAACUGUUGCUGGUGGGAUCUUUGCCUGUAAGGCACUGGACCUGAUGCCAGAUCACUGUGCCAGCUUCAGGCUGCUGUAGUGAUUUAAUGCCCCUGCCCUGGUCAGCAGGAGUGGCAGGGCUGUACUGGUACCUCUUCUCCUCAGCCAGGGUUUGGAUUGCAGUAUAAGCUUCCCAGAAGCGGGGUGUGUGUGUUUUGCUCCAUGAUUGUAAGGAUUGCUGUUCUAAUGCCUGAAACCAUCAGCAAACAAGCCCUUUCACCAGACACAGAUAUCUAAGCAGCCAGCUGAGACGUUUGUGGGGUAGGAUACUGUACCUUUUAACAAGGUUUUCUGCCACUCAGUAUUUAGAUGCAUAUAUCACCAGUCAAAUUACUUUGUUAUGAGCAACAGUUAUCACAACCAGCUGGUUCUGAGGGUACCACAAGCAGGUUACUCCGUUGACUGAGAAACUGAAGUUGUCUCGCAGUGAGCUGGGGAUGCACCUAGUAAUACUGCCCUCUGUGCAGCAGCAUCAGAUAGGUUCUACUCAGGUCAUCAUUCUUGGCUUAAUAUUGCACAAGUGUUUAUUUGGGUACUGCUUUGAAAAGUAACCUCAGCCCCCUCUUAAUUAGGAUGCAUUUCCUCCACCUGAGUAUUAUUCAUGUAGUGUAACUGAUUAUUUGAACACAAUUUAAGUUGGACGCUAGAAGAACAUUAAAAUCAUAUAUCAAUACAAUGCAAACAACAUAUAGCCCGGGAAUACAAAAACAAGGAAACCCAACUGUAAUUUGUGAUUUUGCUAUGUAUGAACUCUUACUUCUCUGGACUACUAGCCUUUCCUAUUUUCCAUAUGAUAAUAACCUCUAAAUAUGUAGUUUCCAUUAAACAAUCAUCUGGGAACAGACAAGCACAAAUUAAUGUAUAUUUACCUGUAUACUGUAAUGAAAAAAGUGUUAAAAUUCCUACACCUUAAGCAGGGCUGGAAAUAAAAGUGUCAACAUUC